AUGUCUAAUCCCUUUGGCGAGAAGCGCACACGAUCACAACUCGUUCUGCCGGACCUCGACUUCUCGCUGCAGCAAUCUCCGAUGAAGAACGCCAAAACAAUGGCAAAGAACUCGCAGCAACCGUCUACGAGCGACUUGAAACUCCAAGAGGAGUUGGACAUGGACACUCCCAAGGCGAAUGCUCGACAAGUGGGUGGCAGGGACAUGAUCGUGGCUGGGGAGGACUCUGAUGAUGAACUGCUUCUAUCUCCCGGGAAGACGAGCAAUUCAAGAGUUCUACCGCAUAAUGGUAAUUCUGGCGUAAAACGUCCGUCUUCACCGACACAUCACGACAGUUACACUGGCCGGCCGUCUGGCUCGGUGCCUCCUUCGCCAAGUGUUCGACACUCUAAGCGCGCGCGGCGCGGCCUCGAGGUGCUUGAGGUCCUCGGAGAGACUCUGAAUACCAAGCUUCAGGAUGGAGAACGCACUGCUCGGGCGUCCUCUGAGCCUCGCAUCAUUGCUGCCACGAGAAAGAAACGCAAACGUUCCGCCACCCCGUCGUCGACGUCAAAGAAGCCGGCAUCCUCAGCCUCAUCUCGUCCGGUAUUCGAAUAUGAACCCAAGUCUCGUGCAAGCUCUGUUCCAUUAUUUCCUACGACUUUCAAUCCUAUCCUCCCUGAUAUCCCUCAUUACGACCUCCACAAUCUCCCGCCGUCACCUCGACGGCCUCGUUCGCGUUCACCGUCGAAGGAACGAGAGCCUAAGUUGCGCAUCUUCUCCAAUCCGAUACUGCCUUCCGAAAGACUCGAGGCAAUACCAGACGAAACACUCAUGGAAGUAGAUCAAGUGCCACAAAGCCACUCGGACUCGGCACUGCUCACAGGUAUCGAACGGGGCUCAUUGUCGCCGUUGAGCGAACCUCCCAGUCCGGUCACGCCUCCUCCAGCCACUAGCUCACCCGAUAUUCCUGAAGUACCGCCGCAGAUUGCAACCAUCAUUGAAGAAGUCAACGGCGGUCCUAGCCUGCUUUCUAACAAUCUCAUGGACUUGUCUCCGUUGACUUCUGCGCACUCUGGCUCCUCGACCCCCAGCCCCAUCCAACCGUUGGCAACACUAUCAGUUGCUGAAGUCCCCCCUGUCGUGGAAAAACUCCCCGUGAUUCAACCAGCACAACCGGAAACAAGCUUACCUGCCACCCGGCAACGCGCGGCCAAAGGAAAGAGCCGACUUCCCCGUCCUUCUAGUAUAGUUGACCUCCCAUCGGCAGCCUCUUCGUCGACCAAGACACAUUUGCCACAGGCUAAACCUGAUGCCAAAGCUCCGUCAUCAAAGGUCGCAGGAAAGGCACGGGCUGUCAACGGUAUUGCUGGCCCUUCCAAGACUACCGCUGGUGCUCUUCCAACAAAGCCUGAUGCUUUCUCUAUCCUCAUGGCCGCGGGUAAAUCCAAGACGAACGACGCCCCGAAGCCUAGAGGCCGCCCAAGCAAAGCUUCCGCUCAGUUGGCGAAAAACAGUAAGCCGGUCGUGAAACCUGAUCCUAAGCCAGCCGUUGUUCCAGAGAAGCCUAAGGUGACGUUGAAGUCGAAGAUGCGACCGAGGGAGAAGCCGAAGCCAGUCCUAGUGGUUCCUGCAUCGCUGUUCCCCCCGGAAUCAGCAGAACAGUCUGACGAAGAUCCUCCGAAGAGUAAGACUCCAUCUCCGGUGCUGCUCACACAUCCCAUCAACGAGCCAGAGCCGGUCUCAAAUCAAGAACCAGCACCAGACCCGGACCCGGACCCGGACCCAGCUCCUUCACCCAUUGGCGUUAGCCUCUUUACCCCUCUUAUCGAGGCAACCCCCUCCGAUAUGAUUGUUGAAGAGGAUGCCCCGCCGACAGAAGUGCGUGCGGACAUGACCACUUCAAAUGGCACUGAACAGCGCAAAGAGGAUGCUGAGCCAGCCCUUCCUCUCCCAGAGCCCGAGAGUGCCCCUCUCGAAAAAGAGGUCUCCGCCCCUUCAACUGUCCAGAUCGUCACGUCUGCAACACCGAACGAAGCCUCGCCAGACGUCGCUGAUGGGGGACCUCCUGGACCUGUAGUCAUCGAACCUCUGGCUCCUCCACAGCCGCCAUCUCCGUCGAGGAAGAGAAAGAAGGGCUUGCCGAGAUCUUCGAUACCCGAGACUUCCCCUCGGCGUGUAACUCGUAGCACCUCUCAGCAGCAUAAACCGAACGAAGAGAGCAACAUCGGUGCUCCUUCUGAAUCCAACGCUACCCAAGAUCCUACGCCGUCUGUAGACGAAGUCGUCCAACCGUCCGUUGUUCGUGGGGCCGCAGAUUCAACCGAGGACACUGAUGCCAUGGUAAUUUCUGCCCCUACCUCACCUGAGAAGCAGGCAGGGCCAAGCCGCCGUUCUUUGGGACGUACUUCGAAGAUUCCGCUACCGAAGACACCUGCUAAAGCAUCUGCGCCCAAGAGAACUUAUGGCUCUCCAUCUCCAUCGAAGAUUGCCCGAGCGUCUUCGAUGUACUUACCGCGAGCCGGCACUGCCGGACCGUCAUCGCUUUCGAACCUAUCGGACGCUCUUGACAAACUCCGAAUGCCACCUCCCUCCCGCCCCAACACCAGCAUGGGUUUCAAUCGGGACACUAAUGACGAUGACGACGAAGAUACCGCAAAGACCGUCGACGAUUCAGCAAUCAAUCGGCGCACUUCGUUGACGCGGGCUGCUACUUUGGAUGCCAGCGCUUUGGUGCCCAAGGCCCUCUCCAAGGCAAAUGCCCCGACUACAUCAGGCAAGAAGACUACUCGUGCCCUCGUUCAGAAGCCCAUGACGAAUUUCUUUGGACUCCAAUCAGGGGGUAAAGCAGGCGAGAGGAAUAGUAUACUGUCUAAGCCUGGCUCUGGACCACGAAUAUUUGGUCUGGGACGAGGUCGCGUUGCACCAAGAGCGAGCAAGAAAACGACGCUUCCGAGUGUGAUGCACAGUCCAGUGAAAGGCGACGGCAACAACGCCGACGAUGGAUCGGACAACGAUAUCGAGGUUUCGAACGUUACUCCCCGCACAACAGAGACGUCCACGGAUGUCUUUAUGGCCCCGCCUGUUCCUAGGGAGGACGUAGAUGAAGAUAUGGCCGUUAUCCUGGAUACGAAGGGAAAGGAUUCCAAGAAGAAAGAUGCUUGGAGCAAAAAUGCUUCACGUCGCGCUUCCUUGGCGUUUCAAGGACUAUCUCAAUCACUGAGCUCUUUGCCGAAACCUAGUGCACCUGGUUUGAUGGGUCCUCCAGCAACCCCCAAAGGCACCAGAAGCUCAAGCAGUACGUACCCCGCAGCCACUACGGCCGAGUUGGGUGAGGCAAGUGGCACCGAAAACAACACUCCUCCGUCUGGCCGAGUAACCCGGUCUUCCGCUGCUAAGACGGCGCCAGGAGCAUUGGGAAAAAUCAAGGCAGGUACUGGGGGGCACGUAUCGUCUAGUCGAAAAGAUGCAGAGAACGGUGACACGCAGAACAAAGCAGAAUCCCUCUCGAUUCUAGAUGACUGCACCGUAUUCUUGGAUGUGAGGACGGAUGAAGGUGAGGAUGCUGGCGAGCUGUUCUUAGAGAUGCUUCAACGGCUGGGGGCUCGGAUCCUAUCGAGCGUCGGUUCGACUUGCACACAUGUGGUGUACAAGAACGGUCUUACUAGCACAGUCAACAAGUGGAGAAAACUCAAGAACAAACCUCAUGUUGUCGGUAUAGCCUGGGUGGUAGAGUGCGCCGAACGCAAAGAAAAGGCGGACGAGACACCACACCUCAUUGACCUUGAGGGUGUUAACGUAGCUGGCGUUGUGAAGAGGCGACGCUCUAUGCUUCCUAGGUUUAUAGCCCGGGAACUUGAGGAAGAGAACUCCCAGCAGAACGGCGAUAAAGAUGACGCAGAGAAAUCAUCAAGUACCAUCGUCUUGGAAGAUGACCUACCGCCAUUGGAGAUCAUUCGACGGCGGACAAUGGGCAUCGUGAGUUGA